AUGGCCUCGCUCUCCGGGAUGCACUCUUCGGGCGCGACCAUCAACCCGUACGAGGAGGCGCAGCUGUACACGACCAACUUUGAGCGGGAGCGGUACGAAAACAUGUCGACGCUCUUUAGCGUCAUUGUGACGCUCGACUACCUCGAGCGCGCCUACGUGCGCGAGUCGAUCCGCGAGACAGACUACGCGCCCGCCUGCACCCGCCUCCUGGCGCAGUACAAGACGAUCCUCAAGCUCGUCGUCGAUCAGGAGGCCGCAUCGUCGCACCCCAUCCGCGACGUCGCAGACUUUAUGCGGCUGUACAAGAUGGACCACCCGGCCGCCGCCCACCGCCUCAGCAUCGGCGUACCCGCCACCGUCGAACACGCAUCCUCGUCCUCGUCCCAGACCUCGAGCGAGAGGGCAAAGUGGGUCGCCGAGACGACGCAGAACUUCAUCACUUUCAUGGACGCCCUCAAACUCAAGCUGCGCGCAAAGGACCAGCUGCACCCGCUCCUCAGCGAGCUGAUGCGCGGCUACAGCAGGAGCGACGAGGUGUCCAAGGACAAGGACGGCGGAGAAAUCAGGGCCAAGCUGCUCAACUGGCUCAUCAAGCUCAACCAGAUGAAGGCCAGCGACGAGAUCGACGAGGACCAGGCACGGCAGAUGCUCUUCGACGUCGAGGGCGCCUACAACUCCUUCUUCCGCGCGCUCCAGGACGGCUGA